AAUUAUUUACAAAUUUAAAUACCUCGUAAAAGUGUAUUAUAUUGCAACUUUUAUCAGUGUCUAGCAGUUUUUUUAUGCAAUAAAAUUCCACUGUUUUAUGCUGGAGUAAAUUAGUUUCAUAUUGGUGUAUUAAAUGGUUUGGAUCAAGGUUUAAUUUUGAUGUCGAAUUUCAUGGCAUUUUGAUGGGUAAUAAUAGUACAAGCCAGUCGACUAUACCUGACAGUUUGAAAAUUUCACCUUAUUUUAAGUUCCUGUCAAAGUUUUUCCAGGUAAUAACCAGCCCAAUCCAAUCUAAUAAUUUUUGAAAACAUGGAUUGUAUCAGAGCAUGGUACUAACACAAUUACAAUAAAUUAUUAUAAUAAUAAGAAUUUAAUUGUGACAUUAUAGGAUAUUUCAACAGUUAUUAAAGACGGUUCAAGAAUUGUUACAAUUUCCAAGUUUAAGGUGAUUUAUUUAUUGCCAACUGUGUUUAAUAUUCGACAUGUUAGUUAAUCAUUAACUAAAUACAAGUUAAUCAUUAAUUUAAAAAGUAUAUCAUUCAUCAAAAUAAAUAAUAUUUUAUAUAAAUAUAUCAUUUACAUUUUAUCAAGCAGGAGGCAUUUGCAGAUGACAAUGUGUCUAUCGUCGAGCUGCUAUACAAGUAUUUCAUUGUCAUAGCAACAGAUCAUGUUUGUCAUGAAAUGCAGAAAGUUUCGUUUAUCUCUGGGUUUAACAAACUACUAAAACUAGGUAAAUACACUUCCAUGGAAGAUCAUGCAACCAAUCAAUCCAUUUCCCUCUAAUUUGUUGUUAAAUAUUGCUGUGUUACACGUGCAUCCUUGUGCCACUGGGACUAAGCUAGAUUAUCAGCAGUGGCCUUGAGUCUGGGGUUAGUGAUCCUUUUCACAUUCCACUAGCCCUGGAGGUAGGCCAUAUAGGAAGCAGGAAGGCUGGAGCCCCCAAUAUUUUAGCUUCCCCCCCCCCGAAAAAAAAAUUACACUGAUCAGCCAAUUAAUAAUAAUCCAUCCUGACACAUAUAUAGCAUAGACUCAAAAAUCAUAAUGAAAGAGCUAACAUAAGGGUAAAACAAAAUCAAAAGCAAUCCCAUUGUAGACUCACGCCCAUAUUCCAAAAGCCCACUCACACUCAAUGAGUGGAGGUUCAAUCUGAGCUUUUCUCGAGUGUCAUUGCUGUUUUUGAAUAGCUGGAGGGUUAGUAGUCACAUAGUAAGGUAUGACACUGACCCUCCAACUAUUCAAAAACAGCAUUGACACUCAAGAGAAGCUCAGAUUGAACCUCCACUCACUGAGUGCGAGCUUUUAGAAUACGGGCGUCAGACUUUCAAUUUUUGGCAAUAAAUUUAGAAUAUGGAUCACAAGAUAUGGCAGCAUUUUAUAUCGAGGUGUUUAGUGAUGGGAAAGUGGAAUUGACUGUUAAAGGUAUACACAUGAAAAUAAAUAAUGCUAAUAUUAUCAUUGGUAUACACUAAAGAUUACCAAGAGUCUUCCCCAUUAUCCUAGUAAAAGGCCUGGGUGCAAGUUUGUGGCAUUGGAAAAAUGUUCGAAGGGCUUACAAUUUUUGCAAAACUUUCAUAUUUCUUGCAUUUUCGAUUACCUUCUAAGGCAGUAUCUAUUGUAGUCGUGUCCUCAUAGUAUUCUUUAUAUAAAGAACACUAAUAAGGCAGUAUAUCUAUUGAAUUUGUAGUCGUAACACUCAUGCUAGUUUAUUAAACAAUACUUAAUACAUCUCCAAAUUCAGUUAUUAUUCUUGUCGUUGAAUCGUCAAUGCCGUAAAAUGGAGAAUAUAUUCAUAUAUAAUAAAGCUGCUAAUACGAGAAUUUAUCCAUAUAAAGUCAUAAUCUAUUGCAUUUAUAGACAUUACAGCCAUUCUCUGUAGUGUUCAUUCAGUUCAAUUGAAACAAGAAAGAAAUCAUUUGCCAGAAUCGGACACACAUUUUGAAGUGCUUGCAAAAAGUUUGGUAAAUAUAAUAAUGCUGUUCUUACAUAAAAUUACGUUUUAAUUAAUGUAAACAACAUGAAAUUGAAAAACAACUGUAAAAUUUUUACCUUUAAUAUACUAGUUCUGCAAAGGAGCAGAUUUGGUGAAUAGAAACGAAUGUGUCAAUCAAGUAUUUCAACUUUGGCCAAGAUUAUUCAAUCACGUUCAUUCCUGGAUUUUGAGAUCGCUAUCAAAACAAGAAGGUUCAAAUGACAUUGUCCUUCAUAAACAUGUAAGGCAUGGCAAUCUCUUUCUAUGCUUAGCAACUUUUUUUCCUGGAGUGUGUCCUUUUUUCUAAAGAACUCACCACCAUUCUCUUGAUGUUAUAACCAUUGCACAAUUUUCAAUGACAAUUUACUUGCAACAAAGCAAAAAGUGUCAAAGGAGGGUCAAGAAAUUGCGAGUUUGGUCCACAUUCUACGUGAUGAAAAUGUCGGCAGAAUAUACCGUGGACCAUACUCACAAUUUCUUGGCGACAACUUUUUUAAAUAACAUGGCUCUAUGUCAGAAAUUGCGUUGCAAGUUGCAGUCAAAAUUCCCUCGUGUAAAUGCUGGUUUACACAAAGUUCCUGUGAUCACAGUACGAUUUUUACAUGGGUAAACGAAGUUAAAUUAAUGAACUAAGCAAAGUUCCUACUGUGUCUGUGAUCAGAGAAACUUUGCGAGUGUAACCCAGUUUUAACAUGGCCUUAUGCCCCAUGGUUUCACCACAACCCUGGCCCAGGGUUGAAGGUGUUACCCCCAGACUCUGGUGGGCGGGAGCGUCCAUUUUCCCGUAGCAGGUGAAGACAAUCGUCUCUCCUACCCCAGUGCCCAUAAAAACAAAGGAACAAAUUCAAAUAACUGAAAUGUUUAAAACUUUCAGGACUGCACAAGAAUUCAACUGCAGAGUUCGUCUGAUUCUCACGGCAUACUUGAUCCAAUUGCAUUGUGGCUUCUCUCCGUUUCAAUCCCUGCUCUUUAUUUAAAAAGUUCCCGAGAGAGCGAGAAGAAACAUGUAAGAAAACAAACUUCUGUGUUUAAAAGUAUUAACCCUACGCGUUUUAUUAAAAUACAUCCAUGAACCACACUUGCAACUAUAAAGAAUUUCAAAGAUGCGUCUGUUGAGAUAUUUUGUAAGAUGUCAGUUUCAAUUUUAUUGCUGUUUAUGGCUUGCCAGCUUUGAUUUGUCACUGAAGACAACAGGCAAAUGUGAGUAGUCAAUUAACCCAUGUAGACCCACUUUUUAUAAAACUAUAACUACAACAACAAAAUAUGUAUUUCACUCAUUCAAUUAAAAUUUACAUGAAUAUAUAUAGAAAUUGAAAUAUAAAUAGCAUAUGAGUACUGACCGUCUAUAACAACCAUAGGGGCUAAAGUCUAGACAGCCAGUAUAUUUUAGGUCGGUACGAUUACUGAAAUACAACACAACGCGACAGAGACACAUAAUUAUAGCCUAUUCAAUAUGAAAUAAAAUUAAACUAGUAUUUUUCAAGAAUUUUCUCCUUAUUCUUUUUUUAAACUUCCUUAAUGGAAGAGUUUUAGUACUUUCAGCAAUUGAAUUCCAUAUUUUGGUGCCCUGGAACCUAUAAGCAUGAACAUUCACACAGUUUUUUUCAAAACUGCUAAAGAAAUCUGCAGCAAUCAAAUUAACUUAUGACAUGAUUUUCUAUCACUAUUUCUAAUUAUUCUUAAGGAGGAAUAUUUUACGAGUGAAUUGAGAAAGCUGUAUGAUAGCAAUGAACAUGGCCUUAGUCAUAACAGGUACAGAAACACACGUCUGAUAAAUCUCUGCUGUUUUCCUUUUUCACUUCCAAUUUUGUUGUUUUUACCAUAGAAUAAUCUGUAAAUAUUGUUGCUUAGGUUUAAACAUCAUUGCUUUUCCUACCGAGGACCUACUUUGAUGGCAAUUUUGUUGGGAAACGAUGUAACACUUGUCUUAGCAAUUGAUGUUGAGUGGAGGUAAAUUAUAUGAAGUCAUUGCAUUGGAGUGACACGAUACUUCAAACUGUCCAUAAUGCCUUAACUACAGCUAAAUUAGAGCUUCAAACAAGAAAACAGAAAUUGUUCAUUUUGGGACUCCUGCCUACCGCCACAGGUUUGGUACGAAUAAUCAUCGCUUCUUCUAAAAUUGAUUCUCUUUUAGAGAAUCGACAAAGUGUUUUGGAGACACUGCUACACGACUAUAUCAAGUCAGUCCACAGUUUAAACUUCUUUCUGGUAAGAUAUAGUGUCAAUUGCUUUCAACAUGCGUUUAAAUCGCGGGCUUUUCAUAAUAAGAUACCAGUUAUAUCGCUCCCUCUUGUGAUUCUAGAAAAGAAUAUCGUUUUAUUUAACGAGAGAACUCGUGGCCUUCCAGUUGGUCUUAUCUUAGGAAAUAAUCUUAGCAAACCACAAGUAUCUUUAUUGGAUGGACUGACCUCGGCCAAGCUUGGUUACCUUGGAGGCGAGGAAACGUCGGUACAAAAAAUGCAGGUAAAGCACUAAACAAACUUUUUAAGUUUGUUUGCCGCUUGGGAAACGUAUCAAAAAACAAAUGAAUAUAUAGCCAUAACCAAGUGGAAAUAUCAUUAGUUUUGAGCGCGUGUUAAGUAACAUACAAAAUAUUCUCCUCUCAAGGUCUGGGGUUGUGCUGGCGUAAAAGCAGAAACUGCUCAAAAACAACAACAAAAUUGGGAGAAACGCCAAGCUGAACAAUUACAAAAGGUAGUGGAGCACGAAUCUAGAUGAUUUAAUAUUGCUUUCAAAAUUCAUACAUUUAUGUAUUUGAGCGUUGUGGUUUGUUAAUUGUUAUGCAUAUAAAUCUCACAUUAUGUCACUCGUGUUUUUCAGGUGAAACUCCCAGGGGCCUGGGACGAGAAUCCUGACAAAGCAAUCUUGGAUAUGGCAGGAAUCACGACUGAGCAUGCGCGUAGAUAAAUAAUUUUAACACAAUUGCAAUACACCGUAGGUAUACGAGAGCAGGCAUGCAUUUGAACUUACUUGCACCUCAGAAAAUAUAUUGUACAUUCCCAAAUAGAUAUAUUUAUAGUAAUGAAUGUAAAUUAUUAAUUUCGUGAUUACUUCUCUCCCAAUGUGACCAUUAAACUGCUUCUUCAGCCGACGUUAAAAGCGGAUUCACGUAUUCAAAUCCUUCGAAUUCUGAUUGGUCGAUCGUUUCCAGUAAUUUCCUAA